GGGCGGAGCUUGCGGGAAGCCCUCUUUCGGGCUCGGGGUGUAGACCCGGCUUCCGGGCCAUGGCGCAGAGGCAGGAUCCAGGGGGAAGUUCUGGGCCCGGCCCGUCGGUGCUGUUCCUACACCCAGAUCUGGGCGUCGGCGGCGCCGAGCGGCUGGUGCUGGACGCGGCGCUGGCGCUGCAGGCGCGCGGGUGUAGAGUGAAGAUCUGGACAGCACACUAUGACCCGGGCCACUGCUUCGCUGAAAGUCGCGAGCUACCCGUGCGCUGCGCUGGGGACUGGCUGCCGCGCAGCCUGGGCUGGGGCGGCCGCGGUGCUGCGGUCUGCGCCUACGUGCGCAUGAUCUUCUUGGCGCUCUACGUGCUGUUCCUCGCAGACGAGGAAUUCGACGUGGUUGUGUGCGACCAGGUGUCUGCCUGUAUCCCAGUGUUCAAGCUGGCCAGACGGCCUAAGAAGAUCCUGUUUUACUGUCACUUCCCAGAUCUGCUGCUCACCCGGAGAGAUUCUUUUCUUAAAAGGCUAUACAGGGCCCCAAUUGACUGGAUAGAGGAAUACACCACAGGCAUGGCAGACUGCAUCUUGGUCAACAGCCAAUUCACAGCUUCCAUUUUUAAGGAAACCUUCAAGUCCUUAUCUCACAUAGACCCUGAUGUUCUCUACCCAUCUCUGAAUGUCACCAGCUUUGACUCAACUGUUCCUGAAAAACUUGAUGACCUAGUCCCCAAAGAAAAAGAAUUCCUGUUCCUCUCCAUUAACAGAUAUGAAAGGAAGAAAAAUCUGUCUUUGGCACUAGAAGCCCUAGUACAGCUACGUGCACGAUUGACAUCUCAAGAUUGGGAGAGGGUUCAUCUGAUCAUGGCAGGUGGUUAUGAUGAGAGAGUCCUGGAGAACGUGGAACACUAUCAGGAAUUGAAGAAAAUGGUCCAGCAAUCUGACCUUGGAGGGUAUGUGACCUUCCUGCGGUCCUUCUCAGACAAACAAAAAAUUUCGCUCCUCCACAACUGCACAUGUGUGCUUUACACACCAAGCAAUGAACACUUUGGCAUUGUCCCUGUGGAGGCCAUGUACAUGCAGUGCCCAGUCAUUGCUGUUAAUUCUGGUGGGCCCUUGGAGUCCAUCAUCCACAGUGUCACAGGGUUUCUGUGUGAGCCUGACCCCUUGCACUUCUCAGAAGCAAUAGAAAAGUUCAUCCGUGACCCUUCUUUAAAAGCCACAAUGGGUCUGGCUGGAAGAGCCAGGGUGAAGGAGAAGUUUUCUAAUGAAGCAUUUACAGAACAGCUCUACCAAUAUGUCACCAAACUAAUAUAAUCAAAUUUUUUAAGCUCUAUGAUACAGUUUGGGGGAAAAAAAAAAAAGUAGAAAUCCAGAAUCUAGCACAGAAGAGAUUUUUUUUAAUAAACCCAAGUCUUGAAUGUGAGCUCUUCUUCCUAUAUACCACAAAUCCCUGUCUCAGAAAAAUAUUAUGCUAUGUAUAUGCAGUACAUACUAUCCUGUAUCAUGCUAUCGUCAAUCCAAGUCUUACCAGUAUGGAAUUUUAUUUUAAAAAGUACAAAUCCAUCUUCAGCAAAAUAUUGUAAUUAUAUUUUCUUUGGAUUAUUGUUUCUCUGCAUGUGAAUUUUGAAUUAUAUUAUGCCUUAA